AUGUCUAAAGAAUCCAAUGCCGAUGGCAAAACUUCCAAAUCAAGGACGACCGAGCCACUGACACCAAAAUCCAAGAAUUCCAUUGACACAACUAAGUCCAAUAUUAAUAGCAAUAAUCAGAAUCAGAAAUCUCCUAGUUCGACUGCUAAACAAGCACCCGCACCAACUAUCGAACAAUACAAUUCAGUUAAACAAAAACUCACAGCGCAAAUUCUUCGAAAGCAGCUGAUAGAUGCCAAACUUACUGAAUUGGAAGAACGAAUUUAUGAUAAGGAAACUGGGUAUUUCCAAGAGUCUUCAUUUGGAAAUAUUGUAAAGGGGUUUGACAAUUUCGGUAAAACAAGUGGUGGUGGAGUAGUAAUAAGUGGCAGCGGAUCUAAUAUAGGGGGCGGAUCCAGUGGUGGUGGUUUAUUAAAUGGAAGUUAUGGAGGAGGAAGUGGCGGCGGAGGUGGUGGAAAUAUGAAGAGGAAAAUAAUAUACACGGAUGAUGAUCAUAUAUUCAGUUUAAGCUCCACCUCAUUCAUGAAAACCUUAUUACGUCGACAGGGUAUAUCAAGAGACGAUGAUGUUGAUGGAGAUAAAUCUGGUAAUGGAAGCCAAGGUGGACAUGCUCCAAACGGAGACGGGAAUAACGGAACUAACAAUGCUGGAGAACCAGAUUUAGAUGAUUAUGAGGAUUCUGUAGACCCCUCUGAAGCAGGUCAAGGUUCAACAUCACAAACAGCUGGAGAAGGGGGGGUAUCAACUUCUGGUACUGCAACACCCAACAAUAAUUCAGCUAUUGCAACAGGAAGUGGUACUCCUACAAGUUCCUCAGGACGAAAAAGGAAGAUUCGAUCGUUUGAUGAUUAA